AUGGACGCAUCCAGCAUCGCAGCUGCGGACUCCCAGGUGCUCGAGAACCUGGGUCGCUGCCCACAACUGACCACCGCCCAGAGGCUCGCCCUCAACAGCCUGCUGGCCGCUGGGAACACCUCCCUUGGGCCUCCUGGCUCCUGGGACCUGGAGGGGUUGCAGGCGUUGGGACCCCUGGCCACCUAUAUCAACCCCCACCUAUGGAUGCAGGUGCCAGAGCCAGCCUGGGUGGAGGGCAGCCCUGAGUGUGGCAGCCAGCCUGGGCCCAAGGGCAUUGUGGGGCAGGGGCCUCAGCGAUACCAGCAAGCUGCUCGCCAGGCGGCCAGCCUGGACUUCUUCCGCAGCGUGGUAGCCAAGUGCCGGGAGGGCCAGCUCAGCCAGCACAAGGCCAGGCGUUUUGUCACCAGCUUCCUCGAGUCCAAGGCCAUGCCGGUGUCCACCAGGCCCAAGCGGGACACAGGGAGGACCUGCGUGUGCGGCGAGGUCACGGCAGCCGCACUGCGGGACGACCUCUUCCUGGUGCGCUACAACUGCACGCAGCUAGAGUCCUGCCUGGGCAGCGGGGUGCUCAGGGCGCACCUGGACCCCCUGCUACAGCAGCCCCUGCCCGCCGAGUGCCAGCGUGUCGUCAAGACCAAGCUCGCCCAGGUCUACCCUGGGGGCAUCCCCGAGGACCAGCUGCGAAGCAUCACCUCACUGGUCUACCUCUACUCCCCGGCUGAGAUCAGCCAAUGGAACAUCACUUCCGGGGCUACAGUCCUGGCCCUGCUAGCCUCUGACGUGGCCCUGGAAAAUCAGACUGAGGCUAUCCUGCAAAAGUUCCUGGACCACAAUGGCACGGUCACAGGUGCCCUGCUGGUGGCCAUCGGGGGCUCUCGCCUGUGCUGGAUGAGCCCCCGGCAGAUCCAGGCCAUCCAGCCCUCAGAGCUCCGACUGGCCGGGGCCCUGGACGUGUCCCGCUGCCCACAGAGCCACAAGAACCUGCUCUUUGCCAAGGCCCGCGAAGCCUUCGGCAGUAUGAGGACCAGCGCUGCCUACUACCACUCCAUGCGCCCCUACCUCGGAGGCGCCCCCGUGGAGGAGCUGCAGCACCUGGCUCAGGCCAAUGUGUCCAUGGACAUCGACACCUUCACCAACUUGAACCCCAGAGUGCUGCAGAGUCUCAGCGUCAGCCACGUGACCACGCUGCUGGGUCAGAACGUGGUGGACCUGCAGAAGGCCCGCAGCCACCCGGCCAUCCGCUCCUGGCUCGGCAGCCUCAACAGUUCGGCGCUGUACAAGCUGGGCCUGGCCUUGGGCACCGACAGCCUUAAGGGCUCCACAGGCACAGCCUAUGGGCUCCCCGACACCACCUCAUCGGCGCACCAUUCCUCAGGCCUGCUGGGGAGCCACACUGCGGCUCCCACCUCAGGCAGCCCACCAGCCUGCCUGGGGCGUCUGCUGCUGGCUGCGGCCCUGCCCUCCGGCUUCCUGUGGCUGCUGUGGCUCGGUGCCUACAGCACCCACAAUGCAGCCUCCAUGGUCCACCCAGAGGAACACCUGCGUGGGGGUGCAGAGCCUGGUCGAGCCCAGCCGUGGGUGCCGCCCACGCCGUGCCUAGAGGUCCUGGAGGGCUGA